AUGUCUUGCACCGAGUACUACGACCUGUACCUGGCCCUCGGCCCCGAAGAGACGCACUGCGCAAAGAACAAGGUAACAGAAAAGACCCGCCGCUGGGGCCUCCUCCUACGCAACAGCAAAACAGCAACGUGGGACGGGUACAGCUGCAUCGGCGGUCCGCACGCAGGCGGCCCCAUAAACCAGGCCACCCCCUAUAACAAAGUGCAACGGUACCGAGUCCCCCUGGGCGAUCCAUUCCUCGGUGUGGAGCGCGUCUACCUGGCUCGCAUCGAGGCGCGCGAUUGGGAGAAGUUCGACUCGACGUUUAUGGACCAGGUGAGUUGGCAGAGUCAGUAUUUUGUUGUUGGGUAUUUGUAUGAUCUUGCGCGGCUGAGUGUGAUUGACUGGGCUGUUGCGAAUGAGUGGGCGCGCAAAGCAAAGUAUACGCAGGCGGAGCUGGAGGUGUUGAGUCAGGAGAGGAUCAACUCGAUUGCGAGGGAGAUUGCAGAGGUUGCGCGGACACAGCCACUUUCAGUUUAUAGUAGUGUGGUUAGUUAUGUUGUUAGCUGGGUGAAAUGA